UCAGUGGUUGCGGGCCGGGCGCCGCCACACGGCGGGUCUGGAGAGACUUCCUGGCGCUCGCCCCAGUUGUGCGGCCGACUUUGCUAGCAAUGGUUCACUGGCUGCUUGCGUUCUCGUUUGCCGGGAGGAUAGUUUAGCGUGGCCUUCGGCUGCGUCAUUUGCUGCGGCCUGGCGGGGCGCCAUUAUCAGUUGCUAUUAAUAUUGUGAACUAUGUGCCGUCGGGAGCGACGUUCACCAUUAAUGGAUUAAAGUUAAGUAUUCCACCAGCUACGUCCGUUGUUUCUAAAUUCUAAUUUCUUUGUCCUGUUCCAGACCUCACGCCAGCCUGCGUGAGCUAAAUCGCGUGCCUUUCAGCCUCCUCUAGUAACACGGUGUUGGCUCUCCUGCCAACCACAAAAUUGGCGACGAGGCACAAUCGCGAUCUUGUCGAUAUUGCCCUGAUUUACUUGUGUAAUGGCUUCGCCACUAUCUCCAGAUGUACUGUCCGAAUUUUAUCGCUUACAGAAUCAGCAGACAGAGGCCUUACUGGAUGCCCUUGGACAGCUCGUCCAGGGUCAAAACGAUGCUGCAGCAGCCAUUUCACCGCUAACGCAGCCACAACACGCUGUUGCACCAACUUUUCGACCUUUUGAUGCUGCAUUGGAAAGCUGGACGGAGUGGUCACGCCAAUUUGGAUUCCAUCUCGCCGCCUACAGAAUUCAAGGGUAAUAAAAAUAAGGGGUCAAGACUGUUCGCUCGGCUUUGAGUCCGGAAUCCUUGCGGCAGUAACAAAUCUCGCCUGCGGUGGAAGGAAUUAGCGAGGGCGGAGCUGCGCAACAGGUGUCGGGACGCGAUUCGCCGUUUCCCGAAACGGGGUGGUGUCGCUGGCGUCGCCGGUUCGGCGAACCGCCGGAUCUCGCGCCACGCGUGAACGCACGGGGUGUUUCUCGUCGGCAAACGGUGUCCGCGCCAUCAGUCAUCAGUCCACCGCCAGUUACGACAGGGUUUGCAGCGCAGCUCAAGGACACCUCAGCGACAGAUCUCACUCGCAGCGCCCUCUCCGCCAUGCGCAGCACUCCUCCCGGCCGUCGCGUGGCGCCCUCCGACAGCGCAGCCAGAGGCACCGGCCGCGGCGGGAAUCGCUUGCGCCGGCUGCAGUCCCCCUCUGCCGUGCUGCGGAAGAGGGUGCUCGGGCAAAGAGAUUACAGGCGAGGUUAUUUCAGUCGUUUCGCUGCACAGCUGUUCGCAGAUCCAUUUGGCAGCAACAGAAAGAAGGCUAGACAGCCACAGAAACCAAAGACAAUGCCACUGUACAAUUCUCAAAUGGAUCUUUGCAGGGACAUGCGCAGCUUAAGUAUUUCGGACAUCAGUGCUGCAGAUUUGAGUUUCUCAGAGAAAGGAGACUGGGAUGGAGAAGAUGGACUAGCAAUGCAAAUACUGACAGCAACAUGGUUCGAUGAUUUGUCAUCAUAUAAUGAUGAUAGUGGCUGCGGCAGCAGCCGAAGCAGCAGUAUCAGCAGUGGUUGUCGUACAAACUCAUGGGAGUCUUUAUCAGCAAUAUUCACUCCUCCAGCCCCAAAAUUUUCUUUUGAGUUGCCGGAACCCUCUCAAGGACUGGACAUAAAAAUUGACCUGGGUACUUCUAUCCAGAAUUUUCAGACUGCAGUGUUACCAUAUGGAAACAUUGAUAUGUACAUGCAGAAUCGUUCACAAUACCACAGACUUGCCCAGGCUGAUGACAUAGAAGAGUUUAAACAGGUGAAGUGUUCCUGCUGUGACUUCAUGUACAUUGUGCCAGUUGAUCAGUAGAAAAUGCCGAGUGAUUGUUAAAUGUGAUUUCUGAGGCUGUGAGCUUGGUGUUGUAGUCUCCGCAUUAAAUUUUGCAGUGUUGUGAACGGACUAGUUUAUAGUACAAAUUGUAUUUGUAAGGUGAUUCAAAGAAAGAAAUAAUCACUGUUUUAUGUGACAGAUUUUAUAGUUUAAAAUUGAAAGGUAUUUUUGUUACCAGUAUUAAAACUAAAUUUUCUUGUGCUGAUUGUGUGAUGCAGCCUGCAAAAAUUAGAAAUCAGUGAUUCAGUAAUGGAAGAACAAUCAGUAGUGUAGCUUUAGUUUUGUGGAUUACAAUCUGGAAGUAUCAAUUCAUAUGGUGCCAAAAUCUUCCAUACUGUCUAGUGUGUCCACAAUAUUCGUGCUUUCAGUAACUCUUAAAAUGCAUUGUGUUCAGAGUUUGUGUUAACUUAAAUGUUAUAUGUUUAUUAUUCAUACAUACCACAAACAUUAAAGCGGUUCCAGCUUUGUGAAUUCACGUCAUGUAUGAAAUUGCUGCAUAGACUACCUGAUAUUCGUCUAUUUUCAUAGUAGUGUGCCAAAUAAAAAGGAAAUAGGUUUUGGUAUUAUCAAACACUGACUGAUAGUUGAUAAUUUCAUUUAGUCUUUGCAGCGAAUACUAUAGUAUUUAGUGAAAUGCUUGAGGUGCAGUGCAAUGAUAUUGCUUGUAAUACUUCCCAGAAACAUAAGAAGAGCAUCAUGAAAGGUGUUUGAGUCUUAAGUCUCAGAUCAUAACCACUGGAGUACUGAUUUCCAAAAAGACUUAAUACAAAAUGGCAUCAUUAAUUUUGUAUUGUUCCUAUUUAUAUCAUUGAUGACCUAACUUUUACAAAGUUGUUAAAGUCUGAAUCUCUGUCUCUCAGAUUUGUGGUUUGUUUGUUCAAUUCUAUAGUCACAAUUUUAGUUUAUUAUUGUUUUAUAAUAGCAAAAAUUUGCAAGCAGUUCUUGCAAGAUAUUUGCAUCGUGCAAUACCAAACAACCUAGUAUUACAUACAUACAUUCCUGUUUUUUGUUCAGUGUAUAGCUUUAUUUUAGAAUGGAUUGUUUUUAGUGCCUGUACUAUUACAUAAUGUAUAACAAUCAAAUGGAUUUGGGGCAUUUAAAGGGUUGUGAUGACCAGUUUCCAAAAAGAGCAAAUAUUUAUUUGUUUUCAUUAAUGCAGGAUGCUCUGGCAUUGUGUAAUAAAUAAGGUACUAUAGUUUUAUCCACUAUGCUCAACAGCUCUGUGAUAUAAUUUAUAUAAAUGUUAAACAUUCACAGACAUGACAUGUUACGGCUUUGCAGUUCAUUGCACUUAAAACACAGGAAAAAAUGCAAGUCUGUGGAAAUACUCAUAUCUUGCCAUAAUUUGAUGUUUCACCUUAAGGAUAAAGUUGAAGUUGGCUCAGUGAAGAAACUUCUAUUGUGUGGCUUUACCGUAUCUAUUCAAAAUCAGAUCUGAAAUGCCAAAUAAUAAUACUUGCAUUUUCUUCUGAUGUAAUUUUUCCAUAUGACAUUUCUGUUCUGUUUUUAACCACUGUUGAAGAGUUAACUGUUAAAUGUGUAGUUAGUGGAAUGUCAUAGGGAAUCUCAUUGUCUCUAAAUUUGUAAAUGAUCUCAUGAUGAAAACAAAUUUUUAAUUCAAAGCCACAAGAUGAAAUUUGACAAAAGGAAUAUUUUUCUACAAAUUUAGUCUUAACGGAUGUUUAUGGCAUCUACCUUUGUCAUAUGGACAUGACUGAAGAGUUACUCUGUAGUAUUAUGUGUGAAGUAAAUUUUAUAAAUAUUUGUAAUUGAAUACUUGCUUAAUAAAGGUAUAAAUGGAAA